AUGGCUCAGGAACAAAACGCGCCAAAGCAAAAAUGGGGGAUGGGAUCGUUUUUCCAGCAGGCAGUAGCGGGUGUUGAGUCUCGGCUGGACAACAUCUUAAUGGACGAGAGUGGAAACCAGACCAGCACGACUGGAAAGCCUACAGAGAACGCAAAUGGAGACAAGCCAACGGUGAAGGCUCCAGCUGCAUCAAUGUCCCGCAGUUCGUCGAGCGCGAAAAGGAAUGAUCGACUCCAGGAACGUUUGGCCAGAGCCAUGGUCAAGCAAAAUGCCUCAAAUCUCUCCUCGAAUUCCCCGCAAAGCAGAGUAUCGUCCCCGCCUGCUAGCCCAGUGCCAAGUAUCGGAGCUCGGUCCAGUAUGGACAUCGAUUCCAGUGCCGCGUCCGUCACGAGUACGCAGGAAGACCAGAAAGGUUCAGCAACUGGAGGAGAUACUACAAAUACAAUAGAUUCUCCAAGGCCGAGCCACGAUUCCGCAGACAUAGCUCGUGUAUCCGCAGACAUUAGCGUGACGGAUUCUAUCCCCAGGGCCUCAGUCGAUGUGGCUCAACCGUCAACUGAAUCGGAGAAGGUUGACCAAGAAAUUCAGGAAAGUCAACGACACGAGGCAUUAAGUGCUAUUGCUUCAGGCGAUAGCCCACGAGUUAGUGUUGAUGCUCCAUCCAACACGACGGACAACCCAAACCCGGAAAUCGCUCGUAUGCAAGCGGACCACCAAGCAGCUGAAUCCCAAUGGCAAGAAGAACUACAUGGCUACGUUGAGCGCAUAGACGCACUGCAGUCGAAGCUCAAAUAUUUAGCAAAGGAUGCUGCAGAGUCGGCCAAGAGUGCGGCAGCGAGUGCCACGCCAGGCAGCACAAAAAAGCAACUUCUUGAGAAAGACGAGAAGAUUGCUCUACUGCUUGAAGAGGGCCAGAAACUUUCGAAGUCAGAGAUGGACCAUCGGACUGUAAUAAAAAAGCUGCGCCAGCAACUGAUUGAGAACACAAAGUCGCAGACUGAAAUGAAAAAGAAGACCGAGAAGCUGGAACGAGAUUUGGCCAACUCUGAGACGAGAGCCAAACGGGCAGAGGCAGCCGAAAAACGGACAAACGAGUCCCUCUCGUCUCAAACCAAAUCGACGAAAGACUUCGAAGCUGUCACAAAUGAACGCAACGCCCUCAGUCAAACUGUCCAAGAAAUGAAGUCGCAACUGAGUCGUGCAGUAUCUCGCGCCGAAGCUGCGGAAAGCAAGGCAAGCUCUGAUGCACUGGACCAGGAGAAGCAAAGAGCCGAAGAGCUAGAGGAGGAGCUCUCAAAUCUGAAGAUUGAACUCGACAUCAGCAACGAAAAGUCACAGAGAGAGAUCGCCGAUCUGCAGGAAAAUGUGAAACAGGAGAAGGAAAAAGCCCAAAAGCUUGAAGCUGAGUUGAAGAGCGAACAGUCUGUCCUAGAAAGCAAGAUGGAAAGUCUUCGGGCCCGUGCUGAAGAAGCUUCAUCGGGGACUACAGGAGAAACCCAAGCCAAGCUUCUGCGCCAGAUCGAAACUCUCCAGACCCAGUAUGCUGCUGCUAGUGAAAACUGGCAUACUCUUGAAGGCUCUUUGCUUUCACGCUUGGCCAAUGUAGAGAAGGAGCGUGACGAUACCAGUCGGAGGGAGAGUGAUCUGCGCAAGAAAAUCCGAGAGAUGAACACCAAGCUGAAGAAUUUCGAGGAGAAUCUAGACAACGCAAAAGAGACCGAGCACGACCUGAACGGCAAACUAGAGGAGCGCAUGCAAGAGUUGGAGAAGCUACAGCAAAAACUUACCAAGGCGGCGGAAGAUCUCGCUUCUACGCAAAAGGAGAUGACCGAGCAGAAAAAGACCUCUGACACUACAUGGUCGCAGAAGCUAGAGGACGAGCGGGCCAAAUGGAGAGACCAGAUACAGACGAAUUCUCCAUCGCAGACGCGUGGAGUAUCCCCUGUCGCGUCUACUCGGCGGUCCAGCACCCUUGAUGCCCUGGCCCCUGGGCUCUCGGAUUUCCGUCCUCCCAGCCGACGCUCAUCCGGGAUGCCGUUUGCUUCACCGGAGAUUGGUACGCCGCCCCGACAAAACUCCUACCCUGCUUCGAUCAACCAAGCAACACUUUCUCCUCCGCCUCUCAAUACCAACCCAUCAAUGAUCGGAGCACCCUCCAUCAGCUUUGAGCCCGAUGAAUACUUCGGUGAUUCGGGCACCCCUGCCACUCCUUCGGCUUACGGUGGUACUCAGGCACCUCCGCGUGGCAUCAACGACAUUAUCUCGGAAAAUACCGUUGGCGCCGGUCCCUCCGUGCAGCUCGUCGAGCGCAUGAGUGCGUCCGUGCGUCGCCUGGAGAGCGAGCGGGCCGGCACCAAGGAUGAGCUGGCACGUGUGACGACUCAGCGCGACGAGGCUCGUCAGCAAGUUGUGGACUUGAUGCGUGAACUUGAGGAAAAGCAGCUCUCUGCUUCUCGUGUAGAAGAACUCCAAGCUGAGCUAGACGACCUCGACCAGCGGUAUCAGACGACCCUUGAGAUGUUGGGCGAGAAGAGCGAGCAAGUGGACGAGCUGAAUGCUGACAUCGCCGAUCUCAAGAAAAUCUAUCGGGAGCUGGUUGAUAGUACGAUGAAAUAA